UCGCCGCCAAAAUAUCUGUCGUUCAUACGCAUAACCGUCGUCGGCCAGGGUAGAGGUUCAUUCGCUGUUUGAUAUUCCAAGGAGGAAGUUGCUUUGUUGCUUGUGUUCGAGGAAAGUUUCAAGAGAGUACUGUAAAAAAUGUCAGGUCGCGGUAAAGGUGGAAAGACCAAGGGAAAGGCGAAGACUCGCAGUAGUAGGGCAGGGCUCCAGUUUCCCGUGGGAAGAAUCCAUCGUCUUCUGAGAAAAGGAAAUUACGCGGAACGAGUCGGAGCUGGAGCACCGGUCUAUUUAGCUGCCGUAAUGGAAUAUUUGGCAGCUGAAGUACUCGAGUUAGCCGGGAACGCCGCGAGAGACAACAAGAAGACGAGGAUAAUUCCACGUCAUUUGCAACUAGCCAUUCGCAAUGAUGAAGAAUUAAACAAAUUGCUCUCAGGAGUAACUAUCGCCCAAGGUGGUGUCCUUCCUAACAUUCAAGCAGUUCUGUUGCCGAAAAAGACUGGUACUGGUGGAUCUGGAAAAGGAGACAAAGCAUCUCAAGAAUAUUAGAAUAACCUUUCUAACUUAACAGUACUUUAGGGCUAUAUCCUUAUUUCUUUCAUCUAUAAAAAAAAAAAAAAAAGAAACAAAGUAAUAUCUAGAAUAUAUGAGAUUACAUUCACAAUGUACCAACCACAUAUAUUGUAGAAUUAUCUGAGUUAUAUGAGAGUGACUUAUCAAUUUGCUCUUGUUUUGUUCAUUUAAAUAAUCAACCAACAUUUCUAGUAUAGUUUAAGAGAAGUGACUUGUGUACCUAUGCAUACAUUCUAUUAUUUAAGUCAAUUUUUCCAUUAAUGUAUCCAUUUUGUUUUCCUUUUGACUGAUUUUAUAUUAGAUUCUCAAUAUUCUAUACAUUGUAAGAACAAAUGGUAAUUACAACAGGUUAAAUGUUUUUGUUGACUGUAAACGAUAUUUAGAGUGAAAAUAAAGAACGAUUAAAUCUUCACUUUA